GAUUGUGUCCUUCGCCGAAUUCGCAAUGCCAUUUUGCUUGUGAGGGUUGGGUUACAUGAGUGAAGUGGGUGGUUAUUCACUAUUUGAUAUAUGAAGGAUUUCUCGAGGAAAAUCUCUGCUGGAGUUUUGAUUUUAUAUGGAUUUGACGAGGUUUGCUAUUGUGUGUAGUUUGGUUUAACUGAAAUUAACUUGAGAGAUAUUUGGAGAUUUGGUAUCUGGUUCAACAAAUCAAGUGAGGGAAAUUCCACGCACAAUGUCACCACUACGAAAAGUUUCUCCUCCUGCAAAGGUUGAGAUGCGCAAUUCUCAGCAACCUCUCAUGGAAAUGAUUCAAGCUGGACGUUCAAACGUGUCGUUAGCAACAGAUAUCAAUUUCGGCCCAUCGAAUUCACCUAGUUCUACUACAGAUACUGUCAGACCGGAUUCUCGAAGACUUUCAAAUACUCCACACAUGGAGCGACGCGCAUCUAAUUUGAGCAUGAAUCGAAAAUCAUACUUACCAGUUGUACCGUCUCCUCUUAAUCCUUCGACUUCAUCAACGACAGUUAAUAGUAGCGACGAAAGAAAAAGUGGUUUAAUAGGUGGUACGGUUUCACCCGCAGGUUCUUCUUCCUCUGGAGAUCUACCUCUUCCUACAGCCACAAAUUCGAACACCAAUACACAGAAUAAUGGAAAUACAAAUAAGAGAGGAAAGGGCCUUAGUUCUCCGCAACAACUCCUAAGACAAAAAUCAGAGUUGGCAGGAAUUGGUUUACAGACUGGAGAUAUAUCGAGAACGGGUACACCAAAAGGAUUAAAAGAUCUAGGCCAUGAUUACUCCCGCUAUCCCAAUUCUCGCACUCAAUCUUCAUAUGGCCCAGAGCCAUAUAUACCCGGCCCGAUUUUUAUAUCUGAAGCAUCUACAUCAUCCGACUCCUUAUCUUCUACUAUACCCCGAAACCCCUUUCGCGAUUCCAGCGCCGCUCUCAUUGAUAAUCCUGAAAGAUGGAGUUAUCCUGACGACCGCGUAGCAGCAUUCGAUCCCUAUUUUGGAGGCGAAAAAGGUUUUAUACUAUAUGAUGAUGAAAUUGAAGAUGAUGAUAAUCUUCAUAUGCCGAAUGAAAAUGACGAUCGGGAUUUUAAACCUACGUUUCAUGAGUGGAUGGAAAAGAAAAGUUUGAUAAAUGCUAUUGGAGGGGUCUUAAUGGUUAUUGGAUUACUUUGUGUUUUUAUCUUGUUGCCGGUAUUAACUUUUACGACGAAGGUUUGGGGGGCGGGGGCAGGUGGUGGGAAAUUUGUGGAUUAUGGACCGGAGUGGGCGCAUGUUAAUAAUAGAACUUACCCCCUUCUGCGCAAUGUUCGCACAACUCUGAUCGAUCCCGAUACACCCCAGGCUUCGAGAACCAGAAAGUCAACAUUCAAUGGAGAAACCCUCAAUCUAGUUUUCUCGGACGAGUUUAAUAAUAAUAAUCGAACUUUUUAUCCUGGGGAUGAUCCAUUUUGGACGGCGCCCAAUAUUUGGUAUGGAGCUACACAGGAUAUGGAGUGGUAUGAUCCCGUAGCCGCCACAACUGGAGGAGGUACUCUUCAAUUACGCAUGGAUGCCUUUGCAAACCAUAACCUGGGAUACCAAUCCGGUAUGCUUAACUCUUGGAACCAACUUUGCUUCAAAGGCGGUAUUCUCGAAGUAUCUAUCUCCCUCCCAGGUCCCUCGGCAGUUCCUGGUCUCUGGCCCGGUGUCUGGUCCAUGGGUAAUUUGGGUCGUCCAGGUUACAAAGCUACUACCGAAGGCGUAUGGCCUUACACCUACAACUCCUGCGAUUACGGUAUUACCCCCAACCAAUCCUCUCCUGAUGGACUCUCCGAGCUUCCAGGUCAGAAACUCAACUCAUGCACUUGUAAAGGCCAAGAUCAUCCAACCCCCGGAACAGGUCGCGGAGCCCCAGAAAUAGACGUUCUAGAAGGAAGCGUCGACCCCAAUAAUCGUAUUGGAGUCGUCACUCAAAGUUUCCAAGUCGCUCCCUUUGACGUCUUGUAUCGUCCAAAUCACGCAUUUCUUCAAAUCCCAAACUACAACACCACAAAUAUGAAUUCGUAUUGCGGCGGUCCUUUCCAACAAGCUAUUUCCGGCACUACCCUCCUCAACAACAACUGGUACGAUGGACUCCAAUACCAAAAAUACGCAUUCGAAUACACACCCGGCGUGUCCUCCACCGGCAAAAUUGCCUGGUUCGUAGGCGACGAACAAACAUUCAUGAUGGACGGACGCGCCAUUGGUCAAAAUGGAAAUGUAGCGCAGAGACUCAUAAGCGAGGAACCCAUGAGUGUGAUUCUUAAUCUGGGCAUCAGCGGCUCGUGGAGUCAGAUUUUACUUGGGGAUCUGAGAUUCCCAACGACGAUGCAUGUGGAUUAUGUGAGGAUCUAUCAGCGCGAGGGAAAGGAGAGCGUGACGUGUGAUCCAGUGGGUUGGGAAACGACGGAGUAUAUUGAGAAUCAUCCGGUUGCGUAUCGGAAUGCGAAUUUGACGGCGUGGAAUCAAACGGGCUACGACUGGCCUACUAAUUCAUUAAUGAAUGAUUGUUCAUAAAUAGAGAUAUGGUGAUAUAGGGAUACAUGCAUAUAGAUUAGUUAGGUAAUGGUUAAUUAUGAUUAUGAUCAAUAUUCA